UUCCGGUCCAGCUGGCUUGGGGAGACUUUGACCCUGGCCCUGGGCCCCAGGGUGCAGUCACUGACCCUGGCAGGCACCCUCCCUGCUCAGGAGCUGUGGGCAGCACUAUGGAAAGGACUCUGUGACCGCUUUGCUGCUGUGUGAGACUCCGAGAGCAGGAAGACUGUGACCCAGAAGGUGACUGCUGACAGUGGGGGGGGCUGAGGGGGACAGUGCUGGCCCCUUCUCUGUCAUCUGAUGUGGGAACACCACACCCUCGAAGAGGUCUUCUCUGUGCAUGUGUGACUGCACCAAGGGCCAGCAGCAGUGAUGUGGCCGCUUACCCUUCAGGCAGACUCCAAGAGCUCCAUGUCCAUCUGCUGGCCAGGCCGCUCCCUCGGAAGCCAUGCUUGGAUACUGAUAGCCAUGCUGCAGCUCGCCGUGGAUUUCCCGUCCUGUGAGUCGCUGGGCCCGGGCCCCGAGUUCCGCUCGUCCUCGUCUUCGGCGGUGGCGGCCGGCGGGGCGGUGGAGCAGCACAGUCAGCUGAGGCGGGGCCGGAGGCACACACAGGACCCCGCAUUCCACAGUUUCGACUUCCGGGGCAGCCGGCCCACCACAGAGACAGAGUUCAUCGCCUGGGGGCCCACGGGGGACGAGGAGGCCCCUGAGGCCAACACCUUCCCGGGUGUGUACGGCCCCACCACGGUCUCCGUUCUGCAGACGCGGAAGACGACGGUGGCCACGACCACGACCACCACGGCCACCUCUGUCACGCUGCAGACCCGUGGCCUCACUGCAUCCCUGGAGCCCUGGAGAAAGGUUGCCGUCGGGAUCAGCACACUGGAGCCUUCCCCCAGCCCCAGCAGCACCGGGAAAAACACCAACCCCCCACGGAUUCUGGGCGAGACCUCAGGUUUGGCUGUGCAUCAGAUCAUCACCAUCACCGUCUCCCUCAUCAUGGUCAUCGCUGCUCUCAUCACAACUCUUGUCUUAAAAAAUUGCUGUGCCCAAAGCGGGAGCACUCGGAGGAACAGCCACCAGCGGAAGGUCAACCAGCAGGAGGAGAGCUGUCAGAACCUCACUGACUUCACCUCGGCACGUGUGCCCAGCAGCCUGGACAUCUUCACGGCCUACAAUGAGACCCUGCAAUGUUCCCACGAGUGCGUGCGGCCGUCCAUGCCAGUCUACACCGACGAGACGCUGCACCCGGCGGGCGAGUACAAGUCCACGUUCAACGGGAACCGCUCCUCCGCCGCCGACCGGCAUCUCAUCCCUGUGGCCUUCGUGUCUGAGAAAUGGUUUGAAAUCUCCUGCUGACUGGCCCAAGACUUUUUACCUCCUGGGGCAGGGCAGACGCCAGGUGUCUGUCUCAUGGAUUCCGUUGGUGAACCUGUACAAACAAAAACACAAACACAAAACCUAAAACUAAACUAUCUAAGGGGAGGGUCCCCGUACCUGCCACUCCUGUCUGCCGGUGGGAAGCUCGCAUAGCAGGCGCUCUAGGCCAAAUAUAUUUUUGUAAAGAUGCUCACGCCUAUGGGUGACUGCCUUCCCUGGAGUUUUCUUUGGAGAAUAGAACAAAGACACGGGAGAAGGGGACUGGAGACCCACAGACCAGGUGGCCACACGGACGGGACAGGAGGAGGCAUCGACCGACGCCUGGGAUUUGGACCACGAUUCUGAACCUGUGCCAAUAAUACCAUUAUGUGCCAUGAACCGACCCGAGAGGCUCGGCCCAGAGCCGAAGCCAAGCGAAUCAUGCGUAGAAAUCUGACAGGAAACAGGGGUGGGAGUCUGUUCCGAUAGUCACUAUUUCUGGUUAUUAUACAUAUAUAAAUAUAUAAAUACCAACACACACACACACACACACACACACACACACACACUUUUUUUGUACUGUAGCAAUUUUUGAAGAUCUUCAGUGUUCCUUUUUUAAAAAAGAAUUGUGUUCUAGGUUACAAAAUCUGAUUUAUUUAACAUGCUUAGUAUGAACAGAAUUAAACUGAUGUUUUCUACUGCAGAAGCUCACCGAGUGUGCACACACGCACACACCUGCACACGCAAACACUCAUGCAUAUAUUGGAGAUGCAGUCCCACCGGUGAGCGUAUUCUUUAUUCUUCCUGGUGACCUGAUAGUUCAGCACCGCCCCUCCCGGGACAGCCUCAACCCUCCCGUGACACCCUGCCUUUGCUGGUAUUUACCAAGUGACACUGAGUGUGUGAUGUGUGGUCUUGGGGCAGAUCGAAGAGCGCAGUGGUUUCCUAUAUAUAUAUAUGUGUACACAUGUGCAUACACCGCACUUGUCUUCGUCUACCCAUCUGAAGAUACUGCCUAGCAGCCCACAUAUUGACGGGGCUGGCUGCUGCUACGCAGGCCCAGCUGAGUGCCAGGUUGGGUAGGUGGUGGAUUCUCCAGCAUUUGUGUUAUAUGAGCAUAGACUGAAUUAAAGAAAGUUUCCAGUUCCACAAAGUAAAGGAAAAGAUCCUUCCCGUGUGUGUGCUCACGGGGCCCUUUGGCUUGAAAGUGAGAUGUGGUGGUCGUGGUGUGCGCCACAGCCCGGGCUGGCUCUGGGCUCCUGGUCUGAUGUCCCUGCUUUUUCUGGGGGACAGGGGUGGCUCUGAGGGUUGGUGGAGGCUGUCAGCAGGUGCUGCUCUCUUGUGGGCUCCUAGCGUCCUCAGGCAAGUGGCAGAAACUGCCUCAGAGUUUCCCAGAGAAGUGGGACCCUGGCUGGGGCUCCCACAGCACUGUCACCCCUACUACCUGGACACCUGGGCUCCUAGGUGCAGACCUGCCGCGAGCUCAGGCCCUGGCAGGGCCUCGUAGCCCCACGCUUGAGGGGUAGAGGUGGAAGCCCCGAUGGGGCGAGAGGUCUGUCUCCAAAGAGUUUCCCCUUUGUAGCACAUAUGGCUUGAAUUUAACCGAGGGAAGUGCAGGCCAAGUCAAAGAUGGGAAGCCAGACAGGCAACUGUGCCUGCCCCAUGUACCAGCCAGGCUGCCAAAAUUCUGCCUUUUCCUUGGGUCUUGGAUUCCCUUAGAAACUCCUCGAUGUCUCCUGCACUACGUGAAAGUGGAAGAAGUGAGGAAGGGAAAACAUGGUUCAUCUGGUCCUGUCUGAUCGGUAUCCAAAGUGUUGCUCAAGCAAUAGGAUACUUGUUUUUCGGUUUUUGUGUGUCCUCCCUUUCCCAAAGCCUGGGCUAGCUCCGAGGCAGCACCUGCACCUGGGUGUCAUCCAGCUCCGGUCCCUUUGUCUUCAAAUCCCUCCCAGCUGUGUCAGCACCAGGUGAGGACCCAGGGUCUGGCAGGAGGCGAUGAGGAGCCUUUCCUGCGGGGCACCCCGUCAGCUCUGAUGCAGACUCCAGGCUGCACUCUGCACACCCUGAGCUUUGGCAGGAAGCUUGGAACGACAAGCCCUCACAGGCCUGCGGCAGCCACUCCAGCAGAGCUCAGGGCAGGGCAGUGGGGGCCACAUGAGUACAACCUAGACUGGCGAAGGCUGCUCACUGGAGUGUGGGCCCAGCUGCCCUUACCGGUGCUGGAGAGGGAUGGUGAGCAGGUUCUGUUGGAUUCUGUGAUCACCCUCUCCCCACCCGCCCCUGGAAGCACAGCUGUGGAGGAGAUGAUACAGGCAGGGCCAGCCCCACACCGUGGCCACUCGGGUGCGGGGAGUCCGGGGGUACACAUACCACUGCCCACAUCCUUCUGUGACCUUGAGUAUCCCCUCUUCUCGCCUUGACCUCUGGCAUCGAGUCCACUUGCAGACACCCCUUCCCUGAGGCUUCUCCUUGCAUUUCCUUCAGUUUCGUUUUCUUCAUGGAAAGUAGUCGGAGGAGGGUGCUUUGGGAGGUCCCCACAUGUGGGUCCAUUUCCUUUGCAUCUCCGGUGCCCUGGUCCCAUCCCCGGAGGCUGAGUGGACUCAUUGUUCACCUUAGAGAGCUUUGAGAUGCCUGGGUUUGGCUCUUGGAGGCGUCUGGACUGUCUUGUCACACGUCCAAAUCCAUCUCUUUGUUUAAUCACUUCUCACUUUCUCAUGCGGCUAAACUGCGAGUGGAAUUGCUUGUUUGCAAGUUUUGAGCGGGAAAGGGAAGUCUUUCCAGCCAUGGGAAGGGAAGCUUCCUGAUCCUUUCUGGCCAGGCACGGGAUCCAGCCAACUGCAAGGCAGAGCCGAGCCACUCAACACCCAGCCCCAGUCCCAGCUCUCCGCAGCCUGUGUGGUUGGGUAAUGACACCCAGGGCAGGUGAGGGCUGCUGGCGCUCCCACGCCCUGUCCUCCCCACACAGACGGGGCAGCCCCUGGGUUCCUGGUGUCCCUGGUCCCCCCCAGUGCAGAGUCUGAGCAGACCCCUGCUGCAGAGCCAUCUCCCAGAUGAUCCUUCAGUCCUCUUCACUCUUAGAAGCUUGCUUUCCAGAAAUUUCCCAGCUCUCAAUGUGACCACCGGUCAGUCAGCAAUGAUCACGGUGACCCUGAAACCCAUCUUUCUUCUGUAAAAUAUGUCACUCUCACAGCCAUAUCUGACCCCAGGCAGAGUCCCUGGCUCCCACAGGCUGCCCUCUGUGGACACUCUCUAUCUCAAUAUCCAGGCCAUCAUCCCGGUCUUAAAAGAAUGCAUUGCCUCAAGCCAUCUCUGCUUUGACCCUCUUGCCCAUGGAGACAGUUCGCCUGAUUGUUUCUUCUCCCAGAUGAUCUGGGAUCUUCUGAAGCCAGGGAGGCUGGACUGACCUUGAGCUCUUGGAAGACGACGCAGGGAACAGUGCUGAGGCUGGGACCCAUGGCCCGUUCACGACCAGGCUGGAUCACCCUAGUCCUUCAUUCAUAAUGGCACCAAGACAACCUUCCUUUGGCCUGUCUUGGACAUCAUCACCUCUUUCAUCAGGGACAUCUCAGGGCAAAUGAGCCUUGAUGCUCCCUGGGCUGUCUGUUCCCUCCACCACUGCCACCCCUUGGGUCACACGGGUGCAGUCAUAGAGAUGGGAGCCAUUCUUGUUUCCACUCAUGAGUUCUCUGCGAAGAUACCACACACGUAGGAAGGUGAAGGAGAAGAGGCCCUGCUGCACGGUGACUGCUGAGCAUUCGUUCAUCUGCUUAGCGAGUACUUGAACUUCUGCCAUGUUGGCUGAAUUGCUGGAAGCAAAGGGCGCGUGGUCCUGCUCUUGUGGCUUUUGCAGAUAAUUAACUUUGGAACACACAAAAUCAUUUGCAGAGAAACACAAGCGGUAGAGGGACAGAGGAGCAGUGAUAGGACAGAGACAGCAGAGUUGACACUGCUUGUGACCUCUGCCGUCUCUGUCUCCUGUUGAUGGAGCGAUGGUUGAGUGCUUGUGUUCCUCUGACCUGCAAGUGACUGGGUCAUCCAAGUCUCCAGGAACACAGGGCUGUUCCUGCUGGACCAGAGCAGUGCUUUGCAAACACUGAGCACUGAAAUUUGUCCUUAAACAACAUCUGCUCUUUCAGAAGCAGCUAUUCCGAAGCAGGCAGUGAUUUAUGUGAUUUUGGAGUGGUUACUUUGGAGCCAUUUGUCGAUUUGCUGUGCCACACUCUGUUUUGAUUGUUUGUUUGUUUCCUAGUGUAACUAGCACAGCCCACUAAAUGAGCCAAAUUCUCGUCUCUCGAACCUUGGAUUAUUCUUCCCACUUAUUUUGUCUUAAUGCUCUGCCUGCAGAGAAGAUAAACUCCAUCAUUCAGAGCUGGGAUUUGUGUGUUUGCUACUUUAGCAUUACCUGCGGCAUUUCGGGGGAGGACUGGAAGGAUUGUUUGGCAUUUUGAAAUAUGCUAGCAGCCCUUCCUUCUAAAGGGUGCAAAGCCUGGCUAUGUGCAGUUUUGCAUAAUUACUGGGUUUACGGAUUGCUGCGUUUGGAAGGUGAGGCUAGAGCGAGGCUUAGGCAGGGAAUUGCUUACUUUUCAAUCACCCAACGUCCAACAAACAAAAGCUGAGGCUUCUUCUAGAAAGAGUUUAGCCAGCAAGCACGCAGUAAGCAAUCUGCAGGGUUCCGUGCCGGUCACUGCAGGGUGCCAGCCAGGCCAGGCGAGGGGUUUGUCUGUACACCGCUGCUUCUGUGCAAAGGGUGUCCCUUGCUUGCACUGUGUUGGGGUGACCUCGCCCUCCUCACCUGACAGGAAGCAGCCCCACCAGGAAAGCCAGCCAUUUUUCAGAAGUGCUCAGCUCUCUCCUCUCAGCUGACACUGAGCCAGGAGCCAGAGGCCAGCUAGUGCUUAACCUGGGCCCUUAGGGCAUGGACAGCAGGGGCAUGGGGGCUUCUCCCUAAUGGAUCAGAGUGCCCCAAGCCUGCAAAUGUGUAGCAAUGCCGAGCUGUAAAGACCCCGAAGAGAAUGAUACAUUAGGUUUUAACUAGGUGUUGAGGUUAAAAGUGUACAGUGAAUCAUUCCAGUAAUUGAUGGCCUUCUCUUAAUGGAGACCUUCCUGAAUGUCCUGGAGUUACCAUGUGUAGAAUCAAGAGUGUCUUUUUGAAUGACUCCAAGAAUAAUCUAAGUCAUAAAUAGGACAGUCUGGACUUAAGAGGAAUGAUACAAAUGGGGCCAACCUUACAUCUGGGACACUGCGAUGGAACGAGUUUAAACCACUGCUGGUGAGGGGGAGGAAACAAUGAGCACAUAAUUGGCCAAGUGAUGUUUUCUCAUGUAAGUUGGAAUCACAGCACACAUAGGCCAUAGAUAAUGUUCCAUUAAAUGGGUUAAUAUGCUAGGCCCUGAGAGUGGUUGGGGUGUCUCCAGGGGUCUGAAUAGCUCUUGUGAGAAUCUUGAAUUCCAUAGUCCCUCGUGUGCUGGGCAAUGUGUAGCAGGCAUGGGCACUGAGAGCAUUGGAUUGUAGGAAAUUCUUUGUAAAAGUUAAUUAGUUUUGUCUCAAGUGGCCUUUCUCUUAAAACAAAAUUCUUUAGAGAUUGGAGUUUUCCAUGUGGAAUUCAACACUUGAUUAUCAGCAGCGCCACAUAACGUCUCCUUGGGAGCUUCCCUCUCAUGUGGAUGUGGUCCAGCCAACUCCUGGUUAGCCUUCUAAAGACUCCUGAAACUCUGAAGUGCUUUAGCAGGGGAGUACAGAGCUUUGGGUUGCUAAAUGUCAGUUGAUGCUGAACUGGAAAAGUUACUGCUCCUAGAUCAGACACAGCUUUGGCCACGAAGAAGCAAGGACGCUGUGUAGUCCCAAGUUCUGUUUGUGUCACUGUUACGUUCCAUGAAGACAUGUAACCACUAAAUGUUGGAUAAGUGGCACGUUGAAGACCCCCAGUAUGAUUGGUUCCAAUGACUAUAUUGGAACUGAAGGAGCUAAUAUGUCUCUAUUGCAGGGCCACCUGAGAGAAACUAUUAAUGGAACCAUUCCAUUCUGCUGUCCACCCCAGUCCCAAGCCAACAGGGACAAUGUCAAUCCCACUGUAACAGCUCCAACCCCAAUGUCCCACCCUGGAAGGUUGAGCAGCGAGCUGUAGCAUUGCUUGGCAGUUUCUGCACCAGGAUAGCCACCAUCUCCAGCAGGAGCCUCCUUUUUCUGUACACCGUUGGAGUCCAGUUGGGGACUUCUCUCUAGUGUUUCUCACACACACUGAGUCCUCAUGUCAAGUUACAUGACCACUUAGGGUCAUGGGUUUACAUCUUAGGGUCUACAGAGAAACAUGGGUGAUUUCUCUUGAGUGCACAGCAAGUCAGCCUGGCUCUAGAAAGGUCUGGAAGGCAGGGUCCUUACGGUGCUCCCUCCACAGGGUGUGUUCUCCACUGAGGCAUGGUCCUGUCAGCACAGGGCCUUGAAGGCAAGGAGAGGCUGCUGGCCUUGAACAGUCGGCGUGCCAGACCAGUCACUGGGAACUGACCUGCCAGCACCCACAGGAAUUUGCUGUACUUUCUUGCUGGUGUGUGUGUGUGUGUGUGGUGUUCUCUUGUAUUUGGGUCACUUUCUCUAAAGCCAGAGAGUGAAAGAGCCCCAGCAAAGUUAGUUCUCCAUCAGGUGACAAUAACUCCAAUCCUUAAAGAUGAAUUCUAACGUUGGGAAACACAGGGAUUCUGCAAACCCCCUGGGAUCUCAUGUAUAGCCCUGGUUCCUGUGAAGGCUAAGAAUGCCACCUGUGCCAUCUAACAUGAGAGAAGAGGGGGAGGAAGUUGAGAAAUUUUAGUAGGAAAUACUGAGAUUUCAAGAAAAAUGUGGCUAGCUUUGGCAGUUAGAUAACCAUUUUCUUAGAAACCCAACUUUUGGGUUUUAAAUUUUUUCUUCUUUUCUGACAGCCUCGUUUUCUGACAGACCGGUCAUUUCUCUUAAUUUCCUGGAGAAACAAGAUGGCGAGCAUUGGAGUCCA